GAGUGUCUCUUGCUCUCGUGACAGGCAGGGGCGGGGGACCUGCACGUGGGGAGCCACUUCCCUUUCCUUUGGGCUCCGCCCGACACCGGCGACAGCCCCUAGUCGGAAUACUGCGCACUCUUGGAGGUGGCAGCCCCGGGCGCCAUGGCCCCCGCGAGGAGUGGGGAGCGGGGUGGCCCGGGACUGGGAGGCCUACGCGCGCCGGGGGCGCAAUGAGCGGGGCCGAGGGCGGCGGCAGCGGUCCUAGCCGGCUCUUUCUGCGGGCUUCCGACACUAGCCCCUGCGCACCAUGCUGACCUCCGGCCCGCACAGCCCACGGCGCAGCCCCUACUGCCUCCUCGGCCCCUGCUAACCCACGCCGAGCCCCGGGGAAGGCGGAACCGUGGUGCGCCCAGAGCCCCAGCUGCGAGUCCCUCUCCGAGCCCCAGCGGCGCAUCUCUCCGGCCGCCCAGGGCGCGCAGCGACAAUGGGGGCGCUGCUGGCGUUCUGGCUACUCCUGGGCUGGCUGCUCUGGGACCCAGCAGUCGCCCAGCAGCCCGGCGAGUACUGCCACGGCUGGGUGGACGUGCAGGGCAACUACCAUGAGGGCUUCCAGUGCCCAGAGGACUUCGACACGCUGGACGCCACAAUCUGCUGCGGUUCCUGCGCGCUCCGCUACUGCUGCGCUGCUGCCGACGCCAGGCUGGAGCAGGGAGGCUGCACCAAUGACCGCGGCGAGCUGGAGCACCCAGGCAUCACUGCACAGCCGGUCUACGUCCCCUUCCUGAUCGUCGGCUCCAUCUUCAUUGCGUUCAUCAUCUUGGGCUCUCUAGUGGCUAUUUAUUGUUGUACCUGUCUGAGACCCAAGGAGCCCUCGCAGCAGCCAAUCCGCUUCUCGCUGCGCAGCUAUCAGACGGAGACCUUACCCAUGAUCCUGACCUCCACGAGCCUCAGGGCACCUUCCCGGCAGUCCAGCACAGCCACCAGCUCCAGCUCCACAGGUGGUUCCAUCCGCAGGUUCUCUUUUGCCAGGGCUGAGCCAGGCUGUCUGGUACCCUCACCACCCCCACCUUACACCACGGGCCACCCUAUCCACCUGACCCAGCCAUCAGGUUUCCUUGUGUCACCCCAGUAUUUUGCUUACCCUCUGCAGCAGGAGCCCCCACUACCUGGAAAGAGCUGUCCAGACUUUAGUUCCACCUGACAGUACGUGGCCACGAAGCCGCUGUGUAGUCAGGGGCAGACAGACGGAGCGCUGUUGCUGUCACCACACUGAAAGCUCCCUCACAACUUACUCACCGUCGUGGAAGAAAGUGCUAGGAAGAUACAGUGCCUUCUAGUCUUAAGGUUCUUAGCUGCACUCCCAGAAGGUUGGGCCUUGUGAGCACGGAGACCAUUCCAUUUCAAUUCAUGCUGUUUUUAUGAAAAAUGCACAACAGUUUGACUUUAAAGUUGCAGACUGGCUGAAAAUUCAGCUAUACUGCCUAGAAAAGGAACAUGUGUUCCUUUUAUAGGUUUGUCAAGAUAAAUACAAGCAUAUAAGUAAAGAAAAUACCUAAUUGUAAUUAUCAAAGGUUCACUUAAAAAUUAACUAUUAAGUAAACUUGAGGGGACUGGGAACCGCCUAUUUAUAACUUUGGGUGUAAUCUAACCAUGAAUAUUAGCAUGGUGACAACAUUUACUUUUUAAAUUAAUAACUAAAUUUUGUUUAAAAUAGAAAAGUUGUUAUAAUACAAGCUUUCAGUAACCACAUGGGUUUAAAGUUUGAAGUGUGUACUUAGACAUUCAUUACAACACAGGUUUUAUGUGAAAUCACUUUCCCUACCCACCAGAGGGAAUAUUUAUUACAGACCUUUUGUUCAGCCACAGUUAGCAUUUAAAUGAAAGUUGGACAAUUGAGUCUUAAAACAUUUAUUUGUAAAAUGAGUUAUGUACAAAUGUAAAGAACUGUAAUUUAAUGUAUUUACCACAUUGACAAUACUAAUUAUUUAGUAGUCACACUGUGAUUUUUGUUAAUAACUCUGGAGUUUAAAACUAUUGGUGUAAUCAUCUAAUAUUACAGUCUCAAAGGCACUGAAUUCCAUGUCUAAUGACUACACGUUUGGGCAUAUAACCUGCUGGGAGAAUAAAUAAAAUAAUUUUCAUGAAUUCUAUUUGAAAUUUUAAAUUAAAGUGUUUUGUCGCUGGA